AUGGCUUCUACAUCCCUCGAAAAAGCAGUUCCCUCUGCACCCUCAACGCCCCCAACUCCCCCAGGAUGGUCCUACUUUAGCCCAGUUUCUCCUCUCUUUAAUGCCUACGACCGCUUUGCCAGCUGGCGCAGGGACCUUGGCUUGCCACAUCCCGGAACAGUCGAGGGCUUGCAGAAGGAAGUCAAGUCGACGCAUCUCUCCAACUUUAUCUUCGAUGGCGCACGCGCUGAUUUGACCAAGACCUUCUCUAUGAGCCCGCUGUUCCAAGUGACACAUUCAUUUGCUCUCGGCUCCCAGACCUUGCCCUCGUCAUACAACUUUGGUGCCAUCUUUGCUACCCAGCAGGUCUUCCUUCAGGGUGGAGUUGACCAUGAAGGUAGCGUCAACGGCCGCUUAAACUAUGGUUGGGCCCCCAACAACGUCACCAAGGUUCAAGGCCAGCUUGCACAACAAGCCGGCCAUAACAUGAUCCAAAUUGAGCAAGAGUACCAAGGCUCUGACUUUACCCUCAACGCCAAGGCUAUCAACCCCUCCCCCGCCGACGGAACUGGCAUGUACAUUGGCAGCUACCUCCAAUCACUUACCAAAAACCUCGCUCUUGGUGUCGAGGGUCUCUGGCAGCGCCCAACACCCGACGAGUCUGAUGUUGCCGCCUCAUACUUGCUCAAAUACACGAGCAACGAGAAGGACUGGAUCGCCACCGCACAGGUGCAACCUUCCGGUAUCCUCCAGUCGACCUACUGGCAGAAACUCAGCGACAAGGUUGAAGUUGCCGCUGACCUCCAAGUCAUUGCUACCCCCGCACGACGUGACGCUAUCGCCACCCUCGGCGCCAAGUAUGACCUCCGACUGGCAUCCUUCAAGGCCCAAAUCGACUCUACUGGCAAGGUCUCUGCUCUCCUGGAACAGAGAUUCACCCCUACGUUCUCCUUCUUGGUUGCUGGAGAAAUUGAUCACUUCAAGAAUGCUGCGAAGGUCGGCGUCGGUGUGAUGAUUGAGGGUACCACUUUGACACCUGAGGAGAUGGGACUGCCAGCGGAGCCUGGACUUCACUAAUCUAUUUAUCAUUUUACUGUAAUCAUACAUACACCCAUCCAGCUAUACGUAGACGUCCCUUAAUGCACCUGUUGGGCAAAA